AUGGCUAACAGCACCACCAAUCUGCACGAUCUCCUCCAGACACUUCCCCAAGAGCUCUACGACGAUAUCUAUAACCUCACCUUCACCGCCAAUCCAGGAGUGCGCUACCUGUGCUACAAACCCAGAACCGACCCCAGCCAACGGUUUACCGCACCUGACACCAAGACUCUCUUCCUCGUAGAUCGCGCCAGUAGUGAGCAGUUCGCGGCAUCCUAUUUUGGAGGACCUGGUGCAGUGUUCAAAUUCGAUAACGAGGGCUACUUGCACCUUUGGCUACGCAGACUGAGCAACAAGCAUCGGGACAUGGUGCGUGAGGCCGAGGUCAGGGAGGGUGUUAUUCUGUCGUGGAGCAAAAGAAAGGUCCACAGCUCUGCCACUGAGAGGCAUGGUUCAGACUCGUAG